AUGUCGUCAGCCGACGAUGGUUCAUCGGAUGCUGAUUCCAGCAGUGAUGAAAGUAAAUCCGCAACCAGUGAACAGUCAAAUCAGAAUAAUUCAGAAGAUAGUGACACGUCCGAUAAGAAAACUUCUAUUAUAUCGUAUCAGUCAUCGCAGGAAAAUUUUGAAAUAUCAAAAAGAGAUAAUUUGUCAUUAUCACAGGUUGAUAAUUCACCUCAGCAUAGUGAGAAAUCAACUCAUGAAAGUAAAGCAUCAUCAGUUAAUGGUAGUAGCGCCGAUAGAAGGUCAAGAAGUUCGAGGAGUAUGUCCGAAAGUAGCGAUGAAGAAGAUAAUAGAAAGUUCGCAGCGAAAGAAUCAGUCAGUAGUAGUGGUAGAACUAGUUCAUCAUCGGAGAAAAAAGUGCAAAAGCGAGCAGUUUUAUCUUCGGAUGAGGAUGAAAAAGCUUCUGAUAAUGAACAUAAUGCUGCAAAUAAAGGAAAUGAUCUUGCUGACAUUGAGUUGAGCGAUAGCAGAAGUGAUAUGACUGAAGUUAGUGGUAACAAGGAAAAUUUAGAUGAUGAUAUAGUUGGGACUCGACUUUAUCCAGAACCAGAGCAGGAAGAUGAACGUCCUGAGCCGGCUGUUGUUGAAGUAAAUACAGCCAGAAUAUGCCCCAAUUUUAAUGAACAAGGGCUUUAUUUUAUAAAGGUCCCAAAUUUUCUAAGCAUAGAUUCACAUCCUUUCGAUCCCGAUCACUAUGAAGACGAGUUUGAUGAAGAUGAUCUCAUGGAUGAAGAGGGAAGAUCCAGAUUAAAGUUGAGAGUGGAAAAUACGAUUAGGUGGCGUUAUGCUUUGGAUGAAAAUGGAGAUAUAAUAAAACAAAGCAAUUCCAAGAUUGUAAAGUGGUCAGAUGGAAGCAUGUCACUUUAUCUUGGCAGUGAAGUAUUUGACAUAAUGGUUCAGCCGAUGCAGCAUGAUAAUCAUCUUUUUUUGCGUCAAGGUGCAGGUCUUCAGGGCCAUGCAGUUUUCAAGGAAAAAAUGGUCUUUCGUCCUCAUUCUACUGACUCUGUUACACAUCGUAAAGUAACUUUAUCCAUGGCCGACCGUUCCAACAAAUCUCAAAGAGUCAAAGUUUUGACUGCAGUUGGCGAAAAUCCUGAAUCACAGAAAGCUGAAAUUGUGCGUAAAGAAGAAGAGCGUCUUCGGGCUCAAAAUCGACGCGAGGCCCAACAAAGGCGAAAUCGAUUAAGGCCUAUGAUGCGUAGUGGACUUUCUGCAAAUUUCCUCGAAGAAAAGGAUGAAGAUUCAGAAGGAGAAUCGAUCGCAGCAAUCAAGAAUAAGUAUAAAUAUGGAUAUGGUGAUCGUUCAAUGCCCGAUCAUUCGGAUUCUGAAGAUUCUGAUUCACGACGCCUUCAUGAUGCGAAACAUGACAGUGGAGAUACUAGCGAUAGCGACCAAGAAGUGCGGAAGCAAAAAAAGAAGAUAAUCAUUGAAGAUGACGAAGAUGAAUGA